AGGACUCCGGCCAGAGAGCGGGCAUGAGUGGUUCCCUGGGCCGAGCGGCGGCGGCUCUGCUCCGUUGGGGGCACGUCGCGGGCAGCGGCGUGCUGCGGGGCCCGGGCGUGCGGGCGGCGGGCUCGGGCGCCGGCGGCCGCUCGGCGGAGCAGCUGGACGCGCUGGUGAAGAAGGACAAGGUGGUGGUCUUCAUCAAAGGGACGCCCGAGAAGCCCCAGUGCGGCUUCAGCAACGCCGUGGUGCAGAUCCUGCGCCUGCACGGCGUCCGCGACUACGCGGCCUACAACGUGCUCGACGACCCCGAGCUGCGGCAAGGCAUCAAAGACUACUCCAACUGGCCCACCAUCCCGCAGGUGUACCUCAAUGGCGAGUUCGUGGGCGGCUGCGACAUCCUGCUGCAGAUGCACCACAACGGGGACCUGGUGGAGGAGCUCAAGAAGCUGGGCAUCCGCUCCGAGCUGCUGGACACACAGCAGGACCAGGACUCCAAGUGAGCCGGCCCGGUGGGCUCCUGGGCACCGUGCACGCACUGCCCACCCUCCACACCAGCCAAGCCUCAGCCACCAGUGCCUGCAGGGUGCCUGGUGUGGGGCGCUAGCGAGCUGACUCAGAACCAGAGGUGCCUCUGUACACACAGCACCUGCUCUCCUGCUGUCCUGUGCCCGCUGUCUGGUCCGAGAGCCCUGCGGGGCUCUCGAAUCGGGACCUCUGUUCAUGGCGCCCCUCCCAUGUGCCAGUCUGCUCAGGCAGUGCUGCCCCCCAUCUUGUAACUUGUCCUGCCGCAGGCAUGGCUGAUCAGGAAGGAGAGAUGGUGAUCGGGGUGUUUAGCUUUCAAAUAAAUGUCAAACAGGU